GAAAAUCUGAAGGGGGAAAUUAUAAGACUCUGCACUCGAGACAGUGGAGAAGGAAAGAGCAAAAAAAGUCAGAAAGUAAGAUGAAGAAAACCAGAAGAACAACCAGAGCCCGAAAGCAUGAACAACAGAGGACGAACAUACGUGAAAAGGAAAUUAAGCACCAAGGACUGGCACUCUAGCUAAACCCAGCAAGCGAUCAUGGAUGACAGUUCAUCUACUCAAUCCUUCCCCAACCUCCACCACCAUCGACCCCGCCCAUCCUUUCACCUCACCUUGCCCAGCCUUCAGAGCCAAGAAGCGGUAUACCAGCCUGCCCUGAACUCCCUGGAGCAGUAUGGAAACAGAGAGGAAGACUCUACAACGUCUUACCUGACCUCAGGCACCUCUUCUGUGGGAAGAAGGGGGAGCAGUGGGGGUGACAGAGGCUUCCCAAAUACAAGUGGUAGCGGUUUGGAUGGAACUGCUAGCUUGGGAGGCCAUCUUGACAGAGAUAGUGGGUUAGGCAGUCAUUUUGCUGACACCUGGUAUGGUGGUAGCAAAAAAGAGGAAGUUUGGGAAGACGGUGAGAGCGGUGAAAGCCCUGCAGAUGAUUUUUAUAGUAAAGGUGAUUGUUACAGGAACGCAAAUGAUGUUUUUUACACCAUUAAUUGCGGCAGCGAGGAAGGACCCAGGCGUAAACUCAGAGCAAACUAUAAUAAUUAUGCCCAGGCUAGCUGUGAAGCUAAAAGUGAAACUGUUUACAAUAGGGAGGCUAACGUUAGCCACUUUACUAAACAAACUACUUCCCACAGCAGAAGUGUUGCAGGAAGCUUUAGUGACAGCAGUGUAGAUUAUUCCAGGACGGAUUCAAGAGCGAGUGAUAAUUAUUUAGGAAGAGAAGAAGAGUACGGUUCCAGCUGUGGCUCAGGUGAGGAUCAGCUUCAACCAGCAGAGGUCGAGGGGCCCUGGCUCAGUGUCUCUCCCUCGAGUCAGACCGGAGAGGGCAGGUGGAGAACAGCUGACACCUUUACUUUGGCCUCAGGUUGCCUCCCACAGAGGUCACCCAUCACCAUCAGCAGUGGGACGUACACUCAGAAACUGGACUCCUUCUCUGAGGCGUUCCUCUCUCAGAGAAAGAGAAGCUUCCCUGUGAUUCCCAGUGGAGAUUCCUCUGGACAGAUCUGGGAAUUUGGAAUAGGGAGAGGAGAAAGCCCUGGACUGGUCAAGACAAGGAACAGCUGUGCUAUUGAUUCAGACUUAUACUUGCCUCCCUCCUCCUCUUCUUCACCAGCUCACCCCUCUCUUCAAUCUUUCCCCUCUCCUCCCACAUCGUCUCAGCUCAUGUCUUCAGUUCUUAGUCCUCCUCCCACACCUCUACCUCCUCCUUCUCACUCGCCUUCCAAAAUGGACUCUCCCAGUGCAUUCGGAGGAACUGGACAUUCAGUUUCCCAAGGAGGAGAAUCACUUGGUACGCUCCAGCUUUUCACUUCCCGCCCUCAGUCCCUCCCUUCUGUCCAUUCCCCUGGGAUGAUAUGGAAGUUUCCGCUGCUGUCGCACUGCUUUCCGCAGUCGUCAGGUGACCCCAGCAGCAACGAGGGCAACCUAAGAUCUUCCCACGGUGCAGACUACGGCAACAUCACAGCCUCACAUGAAAUCCUUCAGUCUCCUGAGUCAUCACUCCUCACUUCCUCAUCCCAUCGUUCAGCCCUCCACCCUCCACCCAGAGCCCUCUGUUCCUUGAACACUCCAUCCCUCCAUCCUCCUCCAUCUCACCUUUCCAGCCAGCAUUAUGAGGCAGCAGAAAAGAUAGCUCCCUUCUUGGUGACCCAGAAAGUGAAGAAUGGACCAGCGAGUCUGAACCAGCCGCAGCUAAAGGCCUCUCCAGUCUACACUGGAACUCCAUUUCCCAGUAUCCUUCACUCCAGCAGCGGUCAGAAGAGGGGCCACUACACCCCACGACCCCUCCUCAAUCCGGUCCGCAGGGGGACAGGGCUGUACUGCUCUCUCUCAUCUGUCCAUCACAUAGAGGACAAAUCAACAUGCAGAGAAGAGAAAGAGGAAUGUGGUGUGUUUCGGCAUGUCAAUGUAGGUAAUAAGUUCCAGGCAGAGCUUCCUCCGUGCUUCGUGGAUGGCGAGAGGUCAGGGCUGUGGUCGCCGGAUGAGGAAUCCCCCAGGGAACAGCUGCUCUGGAAACCAUGGGAGGAACUGGAGAAGAGUGUUGACUUACAAAACCAAGUGGAGAGGCUAUUGUCUGUGUGUAGUUCGAGCUGCCUGCCAGGAGGGGGCAGUAACACAGAGCUGGCUCUGCACUGUCUGCACUACUGCCAGGGGAACACAAUGGCCACUCUGGAGAUGUUGCUGUUUUCAGAGCCCUCACCAACAGGGAACUACCACUACUCUGGUAGUGAUUUUUGGACAGAUGCAGAAAAGAGUGUCUUCAGUACAGCUCUGGGGACUUAUGGAAAAGACUUUUCACUUAUACAGAAAAUGGUAAGGACUAAGACAGUGAGCCAGUGUGUUGAGUUUUACUACCUGAGCAAGAAGCUCCUGGACAAGCAGAAGAAACAGGAGGAAGAGAGCAGAGAUGGAGAGCUGGAGGGGCAGAAAAGUGUGACACCCAUCUGUCAGCCAAUGGACAGACAGUUUGGGCUGGAAGAGGCGGUUCCUGUGCCCUCAUUGGCCAGCUUCUUCCCCUGCAAGCUGUGUGGCAAAAUGUUCUACAAAAUCAAGUCCCGUAACGCGCACAUGAAGAUCCACCGCCAGCCCCAGGAGGACUGGACCGACAGGCGGCUGCAGCAACAUAUCCUCACCCAGCGUCUGGCCUUAAGUCGUACAACCAACCUCAUGCCCACCUCAGGCAGUAACCUGCUCCCACCUCAGCCUCCGGCUCUGACCUUUUCCUGCUCUGGCCUUGCUGGAACAUUGAGCAGCAACAGCAAUUCAGACAGUAUCCUCAACUCUGUAACCAAUAGCAACACGAUCACUCCCAGCAAUGCCAGUGUCCUAGAUCCCAGCACUGCAGUAACAUACAGCAGCACUGCUGCUUCAAACUCUCCUGUAAUCACCAACAUUGAUGCGAGUGACUCAAAUCAAAGAGAGCCCACCACACUGUUACCUUUCCACCCACCAUGGGGCUCAUUCGGACACAGCCCCAACCCUACUGCCUUCUUCUGCAGCACAGAGGGGAAAGAGCAUAUAGGAGCUGGGACAGUGGGGGGGAAAGAGCCAAUCAACUGGCAGUAGUGUUUAAGUGUCAAAAAAGCCUCAAUACCACUGAGGUCUGAGAUUUCAAAGUGAAAUUCAAACUUUUUUUUUUUUAAAUUCAAACAUUGCAUUUUCAAACACGUUAAGACAACAUUGAUUUUUUUUGUUGUAAAUUGUGUAACAUAUUUAAAUGUUUCUCAUGAAUUUGAAAUUUGAAUAAAAUUUGUAGCCUA